UGUAAACUGAAGAGACGGCCCACGCGUGCUCUGUGCUCCUCAAUUCACAAUGCAAAAAUCUCAGGAUAUAUACUCGUCAGAAGAUGACGAUGACAUGUAUUGUCCCCUUUGUAUGGAGGAAAUUGACAUUUCCGACAAGAACUUCAAACCCUGUCAAUGUGGCUACCGUGUAUGUCGUUUCUGUUGGCAUCACAUUAAGGAGGAUCUGAACGGUCGGUGUCCCGCUUGCCGGCGUUUGUACACUGAAGAAAACGUUCAAUGGCGUCCUGUUACUGCCGAAGAAUGGAAGAUGGAUCUUCACCGAAAAAAUGAAAGAAAACGUCGUGAAAAGGAAAGAAAAGAGCUUGAGUCUUCGAAUAGAAAACAUCUUGCGAACAUCCGUGUUGUCCAGAAAAACUUGGCUUAUGUGAAUGGCUUGUCUCCAAAGGUUGCAAACGAAGACACCAUCAAUAUGCUUAAAGGACCCGAGUACUUUGGUCAAUAUGGUAAAAUUAUCAAGAUUGCCAUUAACAAGAAAGCUGCAGCGAACACGCCCAACAGUCAUGUUGGUGUGUAUAUCACUUAUCAAAGAAAAGAGGAUGCAGCCAGGGCCAUUGCAGCUAUCGAUGGAAGCUUAAGCGACGGUCGCUAUUUACGAGCUUCUUACGGCACGACGAAGUAUUGCACAUCGUACCUGCGCAACCAACAAUGCCCCAACCCUCAGUGUAUGUAUUUGCACGAACCCGGCGACGAUGUGGACAGCUACACAAAAGAGGAUCUGGCUACCCUUCAACACAACCGAAACAAUCUUCCAAAAGCGGCAAAUGGCAUUCAUGGAUCACCGUCUUUGGCUAACAAAACACCUCUUGUUCCCACUAAACUGAUGGCUAACGGCGACGAAGUUGCUGGCGAUGUUCAACAUGGUUCUGCGAAUGUGUCUCACACAAAUUCACCCGCAACUGCAACCGUUACUGUUGUGCAUCAUCAUCAUAACCACGAUGAGCCAACUGCUUUACCGCCUACGGCUUCCUGGGCCAAAAUGUCCCCAAGUGCAUUACAGGAACGCUUCCGCUCCGUUAUCCAUCAGCACAAUGCCGAAGCCAAUAAGGCUGCAGUGCCGAAUUUCUAUAAGGAGUUGGAUCCCACAAAGUGGCUCAACCAGAUAAUGAACAACUUGUCCUUCGAGCUUUCCAACAUCUCCUUCUCCACUGUCGACUCUGGUCUAGAUGAAAAGCAACUGGAGCAAGUAAAAGGACUCCCUCCCUUGUUUGUUUUCAACGCUCACUCCAUCAUCGGCAGUUCUAGCGAACUCAACUCCAGCGACUUUUCUUCAGAGCAGACAACGGACAAAUCAAAGACAAGCGAUAACUUGUCUUCUGGUGUUGCAUUGUCUUCAAAUGUCUCAAGUAACGUAACCAGUACUGCUAAAAAUGUCAUGCCCCCACCGGGUUUCCGAGUUUAA